AUGGUGUCCGAGAACUCAAUCCAACUGAAAUCGCAAGCGUCGCAAAUGAACAUGACGAUUGACUCCGUAGGAAACAGCACCAUCGCAGAUCGAGUUCCGGGUAAAAAUGAAAUAGAACACAAGCCGCGAUUCCUGGAAUUCACUUGUAGUCACGCUAAGGUUUUUCGCUAUGCUAUACUCGUGACCAAGGCUGUUAUUCCGAAAGCUUUCUGGGGAUGCGAGAAGAAUUUUGAGGUUUUUCAAAGCUGUAUGUGUGUUUAUCUCUCACAUGCUUAUAUUUGGCUGACACUCAUCAGAUCUUAA